CAAUAAUUUUCUUUUCGGACGUUUGUAGUACUACUCUUCGUGAUCCACGGUUUAAAUGGUUACCCAUUUUUAAAGUGGGACGAAGUUAUAGAUCACUUCAAGAAGAAUCCAAUAAUGAAUCCAGGCAUUAAAUUCGAAAAGAAUAUCAAAAGGAAUCCCAAUGAGGAUAACAAUAUAACUGUCGGCUCACAAAAUAUCCACAAUUUAAAUAAAGUCCUGAACAAUAUAACCUUGCCGGAAAUUCAAAUGCCGCAAAUUACGGUUGUUGUCGUGAAGGAUGCGAAAGCACUGGCAAAAUACCGGGAGAAAUCUAAGAACUCCAAGAGCCACGAGAUUAUCAUUCAGCGACCCAAAGGGCUCAGAACACAGAAGGGAACGGAGAAAAAAGAGGAUUUCCAAAAGGACGUGAAAAAUUGCGUACUUAUGAAAGUCAAGGAACUUAAUGUAAUCAAGGAUUAAAUAAGAAAUCUGUAUUCAAACCAUAUUGAAA